AGUAUCCCGCGCGUUGAGAACGUAUAGUCGUAUAGUGAAUAUAUUGUGUAUUAGUUGAGUUAGUGUAACGUAACAAUGGCACGUACUAAGCAGACCGCUCGGAAAUCCACCGGUGGUAAAGCGCCGCGUAAACAACUGGCCACCAAAGCAGCCCGUAAGAGCGCACCAGCAACCGGCGGUGUUAAGAAACCACAUCGCUACAGGCCCGGUACCGUCGCUCUCCGUGAGAUUCGUCGCUACCAGAAGAGCACCGAGCUCCUCAUCCGCAAAUUGCCGUUCCAACGUUUGGUGCGUGAAAUCGCUCAGGAUUUCAAGACCGACCUCCGCUUCCAGAGCUCCGCCGUGAUGGCCCUUCAAGAGGCUAGCGAAGCUUACCUAGUCGGGUUGUUCGAAGAUACCAACUUAUGCGCGAUUCAUGCAAAACGCGUAACCAUUAUGCCGAAAGACAUACAGUUGGCGCGCAGAAUUCGCGGUGAACGAGCUUAAUAAACUCUACUCUACCGAUUGUGUUGUGAACUACGUUUAAUUUUUAACAUCAAUCAUCGAUUGGCAGUGUGAAAGUGGCAAUAUUAAAUAUGCCUCAUUAACAACAACAACUACACGUUGACAAGAUGAUGAUGAUUGUGUUGGUUUUAACGUAUGUUCUCUUUCACUUUCAUAAAAGGCCCUUUUCAGGGCCGCAUAUGUUUCUACACAAUAAACUGUGCGUUUCUUUAGAAUAUAAGAGAACGUUAAACGAGCAAGUAAUAGAUAGAUAGAUAGAUAGAUAGAUAGAUAGAUGGUAUGGUAUGGUAUGGUAAUAUUAUGAGAUAACAAAAACAUAAUAUCGAAUUAAGGCUCAGCAAAUCGAAAUGUUUAUUUAGAUACCGUUUAAAUAAAUUAAUAGAUAGAUGUACUAAUCUAGUAUAAUAGACGACAAACUGUAUACUAUUUAACAUCAUAAGAUACACAGUAGGGUAAAGCUUACCUGUCUCACGACGGAUGAUCAUUCAUCACCAUCAUCGACGAUCGGCGCCGACGAUGCCUGCGCCGCCGCUGCCCGCGAAGACUACCACCACCAAUGUUCACGCGCAGAACGCUUCUGUUAGUUAGGAUGCAGUUUUUUUUUUUUUUAAAUAAAUAAAAAUCUUCGUCUUCAUAAUAAUAUAAAUUAUAAUAUCUUACUUUGGAUAAUCAUAUUAAAUGAAGUGAUACAAAAUAGAAAACGACAUGUUUCGACAAUAAUAUUAUCUGUACUUUAUAUACACCUCGUUCACCCCGCGACAUUAUUUCAUGGCGGGCUUUGAGUAUUAAAAUUAAUGGGGGAUUGACUAAUUUCUCUUUUUUUUUUUUUUUUUUUUUAUAGUAUGCGGAUUGACCUCAGGACUCAUUGGAUGGAGUCUAACCAUUGUCGCAGGACAAAAUCGUAUUACUUUAUACGUAGUAACUAAUUAGAUACCUUUCUAUAUUCUAAUAUAUAAAUUUUAUUUUUGUUUGUUCGUAUAUAAUGCGCUACCAUACCGUUCAUCAGAUUGCGUUAAAAUUUAGUCAACUUAUUGCUAACUAAUAAACUUACAAUAGAUGGCGCGCGUAUCGAACUGACAAAUUUAUUUAUUUAUUAUUAUAUAGAGACUAACUACCUCUUCCAAAUUUUAAACGAUAUUUCGACAAUUUUUUUUUUUUUUUCCGUGUACCAUCUACAGCAACACGAAACAUCCACCCCCCCCCCCCCUCCCCUCCCCCCGCCUUCGCCUUAUUAUUUGCCCGCCAUUUUAUACUUCCCCGCACCCUCGCCUCAGCCGUCUCAGUCGUCUGGGUGACUUUAUAUAAACGGGAAAAACGAAAGGUGCGGUCUAUCUGUCGUCGUGCGUUCGUAACGUACGUUAAGUCUGUAUAUAUAUUAUUUCGUGUGUUGUCUUUCUUCUCUAAGCGAAAAUGACCGGUCGCGGUAAAGGUGGUAAAGGUUUGGGGAAAGGUGGAGCGAAGCGGCACAGAAAAGUUCUUCGUGAUAACAUCCAGGGUAUCACCAAACCGGCUAUCAGACGUCUCGCACGCAGGGGCGGUGUGAAACGUAUCUCCGGGUUAAUUUACGAAGAGACACGCGGUGUACUCAAGGUGUUCCUUGAGAACGUGAUUCGUGACGCUGUUACAUACACCGAGCAUGCGAAGAGGAAAACCGUCACCGCAAUGGAUGUCGUCUACGCCCUGAAACGUCAAGGACGUACCCUCUACGGAUUCGGUGGUUAAUUUCUUAUACGCGAUGAAGACGUCGUCCACCGCCACGUACUACGGCUCUCUGUCCGCUCUGAGUUCGUCUAUAGUACACCAUGUGCGCAGUGUGUAUUUGCUACUUGGUAUGCGGGACUCUGAGAGUUAAGUUACGUGAUGAGACGAUUUUCCUAAUCGUAUAAGUUAAUAAAAAAAAAGGCCCUUUUCAGGGCCGCAAAACUAUCAAUAUAACUUGUAUUUGUUUCGUAGAGUAUCGUCAUUUAAAAAAAAAAAAAGAAAUGAUAUGUGCAAGCAUGUAUUUUGUUGUAUGGAUAUGUGUAUAAAUGGCAUGAUUAUGUAUAUAAGUGCGAAUGUAUGUGUGUUUAUGAUCAUGUAUGUAAGUGCAUAUUAGAAUUAGAUGUGUCUGUCUAUAAAGUUAUGUUAUUUAAAAGCUGUAAAGGCAUCACAUAAGAUUUUUAUGUAUACCAAUUAAACGCGGAACAAAAUUAGGUUUAUUUUUUAUUUAUUUUUUUAAUUCGAAAUAAUUUCGAAAAACUGAUCUGAAUGAAAGAAACGUCAAUUCAUGUAGGCAUUAAAUGACUAUACUCUUCUUAAAUUUGACGAUACCUAUUAAACAACAAGUGUAAAAUAUCGCCAUAUUGAAAUAAUGGUUCGAACGUCUUAGGAAUAUAUUAUCAUAAUUCC